CGCAGAGAGACCAGACCCGGAUCUCGUUCUGGACGACCUGGCCAGCAGGCGCUUCCACAGCCCUUCUCCGGCUCCUCCUACAAACUUUGCCGUGCCUGUCAGUCCCGUGGCGGCAGGAUCGGCAUCAGGAGGUAGAGGAGGCCCCUGGCCGCAGGUCACUAUGACUCCCAAUGUUGCCCCUCAACAGAAUGUGACCUUCCUCAGGUCAGAGAACUUGAAGUGACAGUGUGACUUUGAUGUGCCUGCCUGAUGAAAGCAAACGCUUCUCUUACCCUCAGUUUGCAUGGUUACAUUAAACCAUGAGCGACAUCUCUGGUCGUACUUGCUGCAUCUAACAGAGUUUGAAAGUCAUCAGUUUGUUGAUUUGCGUUUGACUUGAGUUUGAUUUCAGCUUCAGCACUUCCUUUUUUUGCUCCUUCUGAAUUUCAUAGGCUUGGAGAAAUGAUUUGAGUUGGCUGCAGAACUCCUCAAAUCAUAUUUCGCCUCCAUCUCAUUUUGGUUUGAGCUUGCAUUGGUUUGCUAACCCUUGCGUCAUCUAACUUGAGGUUUUAGUGCUCGAGGAUUAUGCGUGACCGCCGUACUGUACAGCUGCUCAAAAAUUCUUUUGACACAUGUGAUUGGCUGUCUCCUCUGAGCAGCAGCAGUGUCAGCGGGGAAAAGCAGCCCCCCAAGAACGGCUCUGUGAGGGUGGACCACCGCCGGGCCGUGUCUGCCGACAGCCUGUUCAGAGAUAUAUACGAUGACUCUGAGGAUGAAGACAACGAGGUGGGCUAUGCAGACCCCGUCCAGGAUGACCUCUACACACGCAAGAUGGGCAUUAAACCCCAAGCUGCUGCCGCCAAGGCCACUCAUGACAAGUUCUUACCAAAGUUCUGGACACCCGAAGAAGACGUUCACAUACAGAAGAUCAAGCUGGGUUCUCAGAGGAGACCCUGGUACAAGAAGAUGCAAGGCUUCAGCUAUAAGAAGUCGGGCUCUUCGUCAGACGAUUCAGACUGUGACAUCAGUCCUUGGCUCUCCUCUGCCCCCUCUCCCUCCGGCACCUCUCCCUCUCACUCCCACACACAUGAGGCCUCGACUCACACCACCCUUGUGGUGGGGAAAAGUCCUCACAUCCAAGCACACUCCCCCCCACAGCUCCCCAAGAUACAGCCCCCUCUGUUACAGCCCCCUCCUCUGGUAUUCCCUCCAGUGGACCCCACCUCAGGUCCCAGACUGGUCAAAUGUGAGCGGUGGCCUUUGCUUGGGCGCAAAGACCCCAGAGAGCCCCUAGACCCUGUUGAUUAUGAGAGUAUUAUCCCAGAUUUGGAGAAUGAUGACAUGUUUACCAGGCGGACUCUGGCCUUUCAAUCCAACACCGACCUGGUGGUGAUGAAGACUCAGCUGUCAGCCCACCGCUCGCUCUACACGUCUGAGCCGCAGCUCAACAUCGUCACCCAGCGCCACACUAAUAUCAGCACCGAGGAGAGCGAUUUCCCCAGCAUCGAGCACGACGAUGUGGUUUAUCGUAAGGAGAAAACCCAUCAGGCUCAGGAGCAGAGGCCGCUCUCUGGAGCCCCUGACAACUACACCCCCAUGUCCAUCCCAGAGCCGUGGGCGCUGCCUCCUGAUCUCAAAGCCCGCCUCCUGUGCCCCCCGUGUCCUCUGACUAAGGAGGCUGCAGGAAGUAAACAGGUUGAGAAGGAGACGCGCCCAAAAACGGAUGACAUGCUCAUCAGGAAAUUCGGGGUUUGUUCUGAUCAGAGCUCGCAGAGAGGCUCAUCAGCCAAUCAGAUGACACCCUCAGUGCCUUCCUCCUGCAGCGAAGGUGACCUGCAGAAAUGGCAGGCCAUCAGGGAGGCCAGUCGGCUUAAAUAUAAGAAGAAGCUUUUAUUGGAGAGGCUGGCUGCUCUGAAGUCAUAAAAUCAGAUUGCUCUGUGUUAGUUUCUCCUCACACUGCAGGCUUGUUCUUCAGAUUUUUAGGCGGAGGAGGUCGGUUGUUUUUAGUCAGACUCAGUCUUGAAAUGUUUUCAGUCUAAUGGUGAAACAGUCUGGAAUGCAUGUUGAUCCAACUUGUGAAUGAUAACUUUGUGGAGUUCUAUCCAAUUAUGCUCUUAUUUAUGAAAACUCAAAGGUUUCUUCAGCGUUUUCUGGCACUGCAUUUACAGGAGCAGCAACAGCAUGGAACUUUUUAAAAUUCAAUUUAGUCUUUUUCCAGUCAGAGAAAUAACACUGUCAAGAAAUUGUCAUUAUAAAGCCAAUAUGGUUGAUUUUACUCACGUUAUGGAAAUGCUGAGUUAAUGGAUAGACUUUGCUCUGAAGCUUCUGGUACCAUAUUUAAAGUGUGAUUUUUUUUUUGUUGCACAAAAUAACACACAUGUCCUACAUCCUGAAAGAAAAGUUGUGGUUCAUCUUGAACAGACCAACAGACUGGUAUCCUGCAUUUUGAUCCUUGGUUUUGUUUCUCUAUCAGACCCGGUUUGCCUGUGAACGGACAAAAUCUUCAAGCUCAAUAAAGAAAAUGAAAGUCUU